AUGCGAGCCAUCCUGCCUGGGCGACCUCAAUCCAAGCGACAGGCCCUUUGCACCGCGCAUUGGAAUGGCCUGCGUCUGGUCGCAUAUAUAUCCGGCAAUGCCGCCGUCAUUCUCAGCGGCCCUCAAUCUAUUCUCCAGACCAUCUACGUCGACACCGUUGAUUCGCUGACUGCGAUAACCCUCGAAGAGUCCACCGGUCGAAUCGCCCUCUGCGAUGCAACUCAUGUUUAUAUCUACAGACCCGUCGGUCGCGACGAGGGUGUACUGAGAUGGACUCAGGUCCACGAAUUGAAGAAUCCUACGGAACUGCAGGUGGAAUCUCUGUCUUGGGGAUCUUCUCAAGAGCUCUUGCUUGGAGGUUCGAGGCUUGUCCUGUGGUUCAUACCCGAGUCUGGUUCUCCGAUCAUCGUCUGGAAUCAGACGUUGGCAUAUCCCACGGCGCUCGCAUACCUUGCUCCCGACGGUAGCUUCGUCGCCUCAGUGGGCCACUAUGACCGACUCGUCAAGAUAUGGAGACGGCUUUCGUAUGAAGUUGAAGGAACCAGAUUCGACGUCUCGUACCUACCGCAUCCGGCUGCAGUCACAAACUUGCACUGGCGGAAACCAUGGCACGAGGAACAGAACCUGGACAACCUUCUUUACACAUUUUGCUCUGACAAUCACGUCCGCGCCUGGACCACUUUCGAUCCCCAUGCCCUGACCAUGCUUCAACUGGUCGGUGAUAUCAACAUGAACUCCUCCAUCCAGCCACGGAGGCUGAGUGCCAAUUCCAUCAGCACCAGACGGUAUGCCUUCAUCAUUGACAGCCGUGACUUUUCGACGGCCACAGAAAAAGCUGUACUGAGCUCAACUCCCAAAACGGCGGACCAUGCCCUUGAGCAUCUCAUUGAGAUUGCCAAUCGAACUCCAGAGAUCUGCGUCGUCCUCGAUGGAUUAGGACACAUGUCUGUGUGGGGAUUGGAAAAUGCUGGGUACAAGAACCGAAUGCCUCCUUCGGUGUUUCACAUCUCACAUGUCGACGGCAUGAAUAUCCAAGUUCCACAGCUCAGCGACCCGUUGGAAGAUUAUCUGCAAUUCUGCAUCUUCGCCGGUGGCACUACUCCAUCAUCGUUGUCCAUCCUCCUCCACUCCUUUGCUGGUGAUAUUGAUUGGUAUGAUAGCCAGAUCACACAUCUCUUUGACACGGCCGUGAGGCAAGACAGGACUGAAUUGAUCUCAACACUGGCGGGACACGGUGCGCCAGUCCUGCGAAUUGUGCGAAAUGUGGUUGGCAACGUCGUCUUGUCCAGUACACACGACGGCAACAUCAGCAUCUGGCAGCACGAAGGAAAUCUAUCCAGCGCUCCACUCUUGCGACGGAGUUCGUUCAAUGUCAAUGUCGAAAUCAAAGACGCGGUCAUCCUGUCUCGUGGGAGAUACGCAGCAAUUCUAAGCAGCCAUGGUCUCGAACUAUGGGAUAUUCGCGAGGCAAAAGCCAAAAGACUUGGAGUCUGGGAAUCUGAAGGGGACCGUUUGCCGGAGCGCAUUACGCAAAGUCGAAUCGCUAGCGAACGAGAACUUACCAGCCGGGUUGUCGUGGGAUAUUAUGCGGACGGGACUGUCGAAGCCUGGGAGUUGCUCCUUCCGGCAAACGAACCCGGUGCAACAAAUGGUUAUCGCGAAAUGAUACGAUCGUUGGGGAAUGUCCAGCUGCACGCACACAACCGGUACAACGCCUUGAUUUCCGUCUGUGACAAUAUGAGCACCAACAAUCGACCAGCUGAUCCCCGCGAGAUCAACGCUUUAGGCUUUGCCGCAGCACUUGCCAAAGAAGGCACCCUGGAGAUGGUCAGGCCACAGGAAGAGACGGAUUCUACAAAGCCACAUCUCGUCUCUGGCGCUUUAAUCGAGACUAAUAUUCGCCGGCCUCAAGCGAUCAGUGCGAGCGGAUACGGCAAGGUUGUGGUUGUCAAUGACGACAGUACCAUUCUCAGCAUAUGGGACGCCAAAACCGGUUCGUGGGAGUAUGAACACGAGCUCGAUGGAACCGACACCAUCCAUACAUUCGCGUGGGCUGUCUCACCUCAAGGCUUGGCCUUGGUCGCAGUGUGCUUUGACUACCAUAUUGUCAUUCUAGGCCAGGUCCGAUACGGAUACCGAGACCAGGAAUCCGCAUGGGUCGAUUUGCGGCACAUCAGAAUAAGGGACUUUACCACCCACUCAAUUGGAGACCUAUGCUGGCUGAGAAGUGGUGAUCUCGUCGUGGGAGCCGGCAUUCAGCUUUUCAUCUUCAAGGGAUAUGCGAGCAGUCACCACAAUGAAUAUGCCAGGCCUCUUCGGGAUGUACGAGGAAAGAUGCGAACGAACGAAACGUUCGCCAUGAUGGCAAUGUUGAAUACAUUGGUCCCUGUUUUCCAUCCCACAUUUCUUGCCCUACUCACAUGCAUCGAUGGGCUGAAGGCGACCAAGGAUGUCUUAUAUCACCUUCAUCGGGAUCUGAAGUACUUCACCGAAGGGGAUGAAUUGUCCAGCCUCCUUGACAUUCAGCCCGACAGGAUCACAAGUGCAGCGACCUCGAGCCAGACGGUCGACAAACCAUAUUAUACCAUGAACGGUGAUCUGAAUGGGGACACAGAGAAUCCACCACUUUCAGACUAUGCAGAUGCUCUAGAGGGCAACUUGCGACAGUAUAAACUGUGGCAGCUGACAAAUGAAGAACAAUCAAAAAUACUGAAACAGGUCGAAAUGAUCUCAGAGAUUGAGAAACACGAGGAGUCGGUCGAUGCGAACGGCCAGCGUUACCUCCAGGCACUAUACACGUGUGGCGACGAAGGCGUUCCGUGGAGUGCAAUUGCAUUCGCCUCAAUGAGCACAUCCCAAGAAGUUCUUGUUGACUUGGUCACUCGUCUGUACGGUGGUAAACUCAGUUGGGAAGCAGCGCGCAAAUCGGGACUAUUCUGCUGGCUCUCCGAUGUGGAAGCCCUUCGGCAGCAAAUGGAGAAUGUCGGUCGAACCGAGUUUACAAAGAACGAAGACCGCAACCCGGUGGAUUGUUCACUGUAUUACCUUGCCCUUCGCAAAAAGUCCGUCCUAAUGGGGCUCUGGAGAACGGCGAUCGGGGUGAGAGAGAAGGAAAACACCAUGAAGCUGUUGGCCAACAACUUCGACGACCCGCGAUGGAAGGCCAGCGCGCUGAAGAACGCAUAUGCGUUGCUUAGCAAGCGGCGCUUUCACUAUGCAGCAGCUUUUUUCUUACUAGGAGACAGUCCCUGGGACGCGAUCAAUGUCUGCAUACAUCAGCUUCAAGAUUUGCAGCUCGCCAUUGCUAUUGCAAGAGUAUACGAGAGUCAAAGCAACAAACAAUCCUCUACUUCAUCACGGCUGAUGGAACAGACCAUUCUACCCUUGGCCGUCGAAAGUGAGCAAGGACGGUGGAUGGCAAGUUGGGCGUAUGCAGCGAUCCUUGAUCACAAGGAUAUGGCGAUUCAGGCCCUCGUGCAUCCCGUCCAUAAAAUCGUGGGUAAACCACUGCUCGACGGAUACGAGGAGACAGAGAUGGUUGGAUCCCUCAGCUAUGCCGCCAACGACCCUCUUCUGACACUGUUGUACACCCAACUUCGUGCCCAACUGGUGAAGCGAAACGAAUGGCGCAGCGAGGUCAUAAGCGCAAAGGAUGAAUGGGGAUUCGUCAUGCGCUGCGUCAGGCAGUAUGUUCACAUGGGAUGCGACGUCCUUGCUCUGUCCCUAGUUAGGGACUGGGAGUUUGUCCCCGAAAGCCCGGACAAGCAGCAGACCACCAUAAUAGCGACAACGACAGUGGAUGAAAUUCCGCCACCGCCGCCCAGCGUCGGCCCACUCCAGCGUCGAAAGACAUUCUACGAUCUGGAAAAGGAAGAAGACGAAGAGAAUGUGGAGAAGGCCGAGAAAAAGAAGGAGCAGCAGCAGCAGAAGAAGAAGCCCCCGCCGACCAUGUUCCAGGAGCCGAGCGCGGACAGUUUGCUCGAUAGUUUUGGAUUCUGA